AUGCCACUGGAUCAAGUCCGCGUUUCUACGCGGCACACGCUUAACUGCGCCAAUGAGGCCACAGUCGCCGCGCUCGAGUCCCCUUUUAGUCUAGGACCGAUGGACCAUAUCGUGCCAGCUAUGUUGACGAUCGAAGGCAUCUUCGUAUACAGAAAACCAGCAAAAUUUGUAGGCGACAAUUUUCUUACGAUUGAGCGCUUGAAGGUGGCUGCAUCGCACCUCCUGGACUAUUACCCGCAUUUGACUGGCCGUCUGCAGCAGAAUCCAGUCAGCCAGGCUCUAGAGAUUGGUAGCCUGGGCGCUGGCGCUGAGCUUUGGGAAGCGCAGUGCCCCAGGAGGCUCUCGAGUAUUGCAGUUUCUGCUUUUUCAGCCCGUAUCUUGGUAACUUUUCUGCCAGAUUCUGGGAAUGCAGUUCUUCCAAUUUUUCAUUCAACAAUGGGCGCUGUCUCCCACAAUCCUAUUUUCGCCAUCCAGCACACUCGAUUCGGCUGCGGAGGGGUUGCACUGGGUAUUCGAGUUCACCAUCAGGUCUGCGAUGCCACUGGGUUUAUGCAGCUUGUGCGUGAUCUGGCUGAGAUCUACAGACAAUUGCGCGACUCUUCUCCGCCAACACUCAUCUCUCCCCCUGAGAUCUUCUCUUAUUUUAGAGGAACGAACAGCCUAUCCGCCAGCCAGAAGGAGAAAGCCCUUGCUUUCAAACCUGUGGACUAUUGUCUGGACGAGAACGCCACGGACAUAUCUGAGGCAGACCCUCCCUCUGUCAGCAGUUAUCCUCUGCGCUUCCAAGGUCAAGAGCUGAUUACAAUCAAGAAUGCUGCAAUCGACCCCAACGCCCAGGAACCGACCUCGUUCACAAGGUUCGAGCUCAUCUCAGCCUAUCUCUACCAACGCAUUUAUCAAGCAAGACUUCAGGUUUUGCGUAACAAGGGACUCACACCAGAUGCCAAAUCGCUUGAGCCACUUCGCAGCUUUUGGACAACCAUGGACAUGCGCGACUCCACUCGUCUGAAGCUUCCCGCACGCUACUUUCCGAAUGCCGUCUACUGCCCCUCGGCUUCCGCCUCCCAUGAACUACUCGAAAAAGGCGCACUCUGGGAGGUUGCACAGCUUAUUCAUGAUACAAUUCACUCGGUUGAUAUGAACCAAGUCAAGCAGCAGUUUGAAUGGGUUGCCGCACAGCCCAACAAACGUCACAUCAGGUUCAAAGAGAAAGUCCCACGUGGUUGCCUCGUUGCUACACAGUGGAGUAGGGGCAAGACAUACGCUGGAGUUGAUUUUGAUGUUACUGUCGAUGCCAAGCGCAUUGCCCCUUCUCUGGUGUCGCCGGCGUUCAGUGAAGGUUAUCGGGUUAACGGUUUGGCAAUCAUCAUGUCUACCGAGGAGGAGCUGCCUCGAGGCCAGCGUACCAGACGCUCUUCAGCUCCGGAUAAUCUUCUGCGCGCCGUCGAUGUGCAAUUGACUCUGGAUGGACCAGUGUGGGAUGUUCUUAACACUGACUCCAAUUUCGUAGCUCUCCACUCAUAA